UGUUUUAAUGUGGAGCUGAAGGUUUUCUCCUCGGCGACGGCGAUGGUGAUAGAAACGACUGCGUCAUUCUGCUAAGCCGCCGGUCCGCCGUCUCAUUUCCUCUCCCCACUGUCCCCACAGAGAUACCGGCGCAAAGGCACAGCUGAAAUAGAGCCGACAGAGUCGGAGAUUAGCCGGAAAAGCUUAGAAGAAGACGAGAAAUGAAGGCGAGGGUGGUGCUCCGGAAAGUGUACGAUUACGUCCGCUACGACUUGAAAGAAAUCGCAUUCCCUUCCUCACUCCCCGACCCUCCUGGCACCAAAAUACGCCCCAAAUUGACUUUCUACCAGGGGUUCCUUGUUCUGAAGAAGGCGACGAGGCUUUAUGCUGCGAGCUGGGUCAGGGAUAUAGGUCCUGACCUUCGGCCUAAUGAUUACAAGAAGCGAGAGGAGGGCCAAGAUGGAACAAAGGGCACUACCUCCGGAGAGAAGGAACCAUCAGUGCUUGAAGAUCUUGGUAAGCCAAUACUUUCAUCGCAGUUAUGGCUGCAUGAAUGCCACUGUCAUUUGCAGUAA